AUGAGCAUGACCACAUGGAUGGCGCUGUUCGGGCUUGUGUGGCUGCUGCGUGUGCGCGGCUCCCUUUGCGGAUGUUCCGCGUGCAAACGGGCCAGGCUCGAUCAACCGGAAGAAAGCCCACGCGCCAGCCCUGAAGACCGUGCGCCUUUUGACGUCAUCGCCCUACAACACUACACUCGUGACGUCACAGUCCAAACGGAUUUUGAGGAUGACGAAGUCGAGGAUCUCGAUAAGAUCGAGUUGCAAAUUACUGAAGAAUCGAAUGCGAGCAACUUUGAGGGCGGUCGUGAACAAACGCAGAGCCCAGAAGGCGGACACCACGUCACAGGAAACAGUCAGUUUUCACAAGACUCGGACGAUAUUUGGGAGACUAUUGAGGUGACAUUGGAGCGUGGAGCGUCAGGACUAGGUCUUAGUAUAGCAAGUGGUGAGAGCGAGGGCGACGUCAGCAUAACACGGAUCGCACCCGUGGGCGCUGCAAAGAACGAUGGACGCCUGCAAAUUGGAGACAUCUUAUUGCAGGUCAACGACGUCUCUGUCGAGAAUGCACCACACUCGGUAGCGGUGGACGUUUUACAAAAUGCAGGAAACAUUGUGAGACUAAGAGUUCGGAGAGCUCGCAGGCCAAGGGUGGUGACACUGUAUAGAGGCGUGCGCGGUUUGGGCCUGGGUAUAGCGGGCGGAGCGGACGAUGCCGCGGGUGGAGGUGGUGUCUUUAUAUCGCACAUCGCUGCAGGUGGCGCUGCCCAUCACGACGGCAGACUGAAACUGGGAGAUAAAAUCCUGGCUGUCAGGGAUGAGGAUGGUAUAGAAACAUCUUUAAUCGGAGCAACUCACGCAAAAGCAGUAGCAGCUUUGAGAAGAACAGGUGAACAUGUGACCCUAGUGCUUUUACCCGCUACAAUACCACCAGUAGUGAGAACCGCUCCGCUAUACUCAACACGAACACAAGCAACGUCAUGUUCCACGCUUCACGAGCUUUCGGAAGAGGAUCCGACUAAAAUACCAAGAUGUGUGCGAAUGGUACGGCUCGUCCGUUCUGGAUCACGUUUAGGAAUGGAUAUAGUAGGUGGUUUAGGUGAUGCUGAACGGGGGAGUGAUGAUGACGCUUGUGGGGUCUUUGUGUCUGGAGUGGCUAUGGGAGGAGCUGCCCAGGGAAUGUUGCACAAGGGAGACAGGAUAUUGAGCGUUGAUGGACGGGACCUAACACGAGCCACGCAUGAACAAGCUGCUGCAGCUUUGAAGUACUCGGGUGGUGCUGUAACCGUAGCAGCUCAAUACCAGCCGGAGCAGUAUGAAAGGCUGCGUGCACGCAUCCGAGCGAUCAACGCUUCUGUAUCGCCGCACGCACACCGCGUCCAUGUUCCUGUACAACCUGACUUGCAUACUAUUUAUCCUAGGUAACAAAAGACUGUCUUUGAAAUGGAAAAGGAUUAAUGACUGAAGACGAUUAGUUCUUAAGAGGUUGGGAUUAUGAGACAUUAUAAUGUAUACAUGAUAAUUUAGUAAAACCUAGGUGUGAUAGUGAAAUGUUUAUUUUCUGUUUAGUUAUCUUAACCUAAGUUAUGGUCUCUAACUAGUCGAUACACUGUUAUUAUUAACAUAUGACUUUCCUGUUAUUAUUUAGUAGAGUAUUUGUACGAAAUAAAAAAAAUGCUAUAUCGCUAUUGCGUUGACAUGACUUUUGUACUAUAAAAUACUGGGAAAUAAUAGCGAACAAAAAUACGAAUCACAAGACAAAUAUAUAUACACUUGAAAUCUACUUAAACCACUUCCCACAAGUCAGAGUAAGCUACAAAUCUCGUAGCAUUAAGCUUUUUAGAGGACCUAAUGAAGUCAUCUACGCUGCUACAGUGCUACGAAGUGAAUUCACGCGUACUUCCUGUUGUUUUUUUUUAUAAAAUACAACAUGCAGAUACUAAGUUUCGUUUAAAGAAUCUUAUUAUUUACUGCCGCUUCCACAAGACGGGUCCCUUUAGAUUGUAUUUUAAAAUAACUUACCAGGAUUUAAACUUAUUUAAAAAUCAAUUCUAAAUACAUUGAAGAUAGUCCGCUUAAACAUACGUUACAAAGUUUAACAAAGCUCUGCCAUAUCUGUUUACAUUUGUGAACCUUUUCUGCGGUUCCCUUUGAUAUGAAAAUUAGAUUAAAUGAUAACAUUUAUAUAACGCGCCGUUUGCAAUGAUUAUUUUAUUAUAACUAUUUACAUUUCAUCACAUCAGCCUCAUUGUAAUAAUAUUUUAGAAAAAGAUCUGUAAUACGUGAAUGUGCGUUUAGUAUAAUGAACAAU